AUGGUGCAUGCUUUGUUUUUUUCUCUUACCAUAGUCCAAGGGAGCAAUAAUUUGACGCACAGUGUGUUUGAUAAGGGUUAUAUCAUUAUACGUCCUUCACCGCUAGUUGCAACAAUAUCUGGUGAAACUGAAAUCACAAGAGGAAACAAGCAAAUUAUUACCCUCAAUGGUUCAGAGUCAUAUGAUCCUCAUCUUGGCCAUGGAGCCCUGGAGACACUGAAAUUUCUUUGGCUUUGUAAGAGAUCAGAUGAGGAAUUCCCAAAUGGGAAUUCUAAUGACAUUCAAAUUGCGCCCAUCUUCUUAAACGACUCUGGUGAGUCACAUGGAGGCUGUUUCGGCACAGGAGUUGGAAGAUUGGAAUUCACGGGGCCUAUUAUUACCUUAAAUGCGUCUGCAAUGAAUAAUAGAAGUGCAUCGUACGUUUUUAAGCUUAUUGUAACAAAAGACGCCAGAUGGUCAAGCGACUCAAAGAAAGUACAUGUGAUAGAAGGGAGUCCUCCUGAAGUGUCAUUUUUGUUCGUUUUGGGCGAUCGAUUAAACAUCAAUCCAUCAGGACCGCUGACCAUCUCAGCCGAUUACCUGGGCUACUCCUGUGGCAAUCACGUGCAGUUUGAGUGGAUACUCUACCAAGAAGAUAAAAACUUGACUUGGAUUCAAAUUUCCAGCACCCCUCAGAGGUCGAAUGUGUUUUCAGUUGAUCCAAAUAUUCUAAAGGACAAUAUGAAAUAUCGACUAGAGUUAACUGUGAUACUUAAAGAUGAAGCACCCUCUAAAACCGUACAAAUCUUUAGGACUGUAGUCCUCCCACGGGAUGGCUCAUGCGUUAUAACCCCAGAGACUGGCGAGGCUGUUUAUACUUUGUUUCAGUUGCAGUGCUUUGAUUGGUUCCCCCUGGAUGAGUUGUUUACUUACGACGUGCACGUUAUCGGAGAAGGAAACAUUCACCAUACUUUAUACCAUGGUCAGGACGCGAAUCAGCAAUUAGUUUUACCGCAAGGAAAUUACUCAAGCGGAUAUGAAUCCAGGGUCAAGGUAUUUGUAUCAAGGAGCAAUGGUGCUACAUCUGAGGUGGAUAUAACAGUAAAGGUAAUUCCGCACCAACCGCGAGUGCAACAAGACCUUUUUGAACUUUUAGGAAAGUCCCCGAUUUUUUUUGAACAAUUCAUAUUCCAAGAGGGUACUCUUAAGGCGUGGCAGCUAAUGGCAGCAAUGCUUUUGACAUUAGAAAAACAAGAAUUGGUGUCCAAAAGAAGUUUCUACAGCUCAGCGGCACCUAGUCAGAUGAAAAGCGCACUGAGAGACAUUGUCCUGAAGAGGUUUCAGCUCACAGAAAUUGAUUUAUCAAGUAUAGCGUCUAUGUCCGCCUUUCUGGCCUCCGCAGGAAAGAACGUAACUGAGUUAUCUCCUCUCGCGGAGGAUCUGCUUCUGAAAGUGCUAGAGAACAUGUCUUCGCUGCUGCUCUCCAAAGCCAAAAAUAUGAAUGCAGACGAUGAAAGGUUUAUCUUUCGAGGGGUUUCUAAUUUGCUCUUUGGAACAGUUGAGUUAAUGAAAGUAUCAGCAGACGUAGCUGCUUUCAGUGGAGAAAGCCAAACCUUAUCACCUGAACAGUUGAAGGCUAAGGAUACUGUUUUGAAGUCUAUGGACAUUACCAGAACAUUGCUUACAACUGUGGCGGUGAGAUCAGCAGUUUCUCAGUCCCCGAAGAGGUUACAAGUACCCGGCAUGAAUAUCUUAGUUGGCCGAGAGUCAUCCUGUGGACUUCAAGAGAGAAGUUUGAACGUGUCUGGAAAUGAGGGGUUUCGUCUACCACAAAAUAUGAAUAGCGCUUUUCGAAAUGACAGAGUGGAGUGGGCUGAGUAUCAGAUGAUAAAAACCAAUUUCAAUCCAUACCGCUGGCAUGAAAGCUACCGUAAAAUCAAAUCAGAAGUUCUUAGUCUCGAGUUCACAAACGAUACAGGGGCAUUACCUGUUGGAGGAGAAGACGUUGACAUCGUCAUUAAAAUACCACUUAAUCCUUCUGGAAACGGCUUAUAUGAUAGUAAUUACUUUAUCAGACCACAAAUUAUGCGAUACCACUUUAUUGAACUAGCAGACAAUUCCGAUUCCAUGAUUCUUGAAGUUCAACCCACAAACGAGAGUCUUUUAAUGGUGGUGUAUGUUAAACUCGGAGAACGGCCAACUGUGAGCAGUUACAGCCAUAUGUCCACUGUGCCUGACUAUUCGUCUUGCAGCUGGGACAACGUUAAUGGUCAACAGAAGUCAAGAUGUUCAAGAAGUCCGUACCAGGUCAUGUCUACGGAACACUUUAAUCAAACUGGUUUGUAUUAUGUCGGGAUUUUGUACGUGGAAGAUACUCACCUCCAGCUAAAUCGUACUCGGACUAGACGAUCAUGCCUCGGAAAAAGAAGAGAGAGAAGGGAUUGCGUUGAGCCAAAGCCACCUCCUGUGAAAGGGAUAGAAUACAACAGAACUUUGAUUUAUAAUCCUUUUACAGAUCAGAACUACACAAUAAAAGUUCGGAAAUACAGCUGUUACUAUUUUGAUUUAACCCAGGACCAGUGGAGUAAAGAAGGCUGCAAGGUUGGAGAUGAAACAAACAAUCAGCUGCUUCACUGUCGAUGUAAUCACCUCACAGGCUUUGGAGGAGGUUUUGUUGUUGCACCGAAUCCGAUAGACUUCGACAAAGUUUUAACCGAAUUUACCAGACUAGAGGAAACAGAAAACUACGUGGUGCUUGCAACCGUCUGUUCUAUUUUUGGUGUCUACGUUCUGGUGAUGAUAUGGGCGAGAAAAGCUGAUUUAAAAGACGAAAGAAAGCUGGGUCCAACUGUACAUGUGAAACCAACUGAAAAUGGCACAUACAAGUACGAGUUCACUGUAGUUACAGGAGUUUGGCGAAAUGCCGGCACAACUGCCAAUGUGUUCGUUAAGAUCUUUGGAACCGAUGGCAUUUUAGAGUCUGUAAACUUAACCGCCAAUGCACCACCAGGAAGAAGACUGUUUGCAAGAGGCAAUAUCGACAAGUUUGUCUUCCACCUUGAAAACUCACUCGGGAUUGUGGUUAAGAUAGAAUUGUGGCACGACAACUCUGGAAAGAAUUCCUGUUGGUUUCUCGAUAAAGUUCGCCUUGCCGAUGUGGUAACAAAUCAGAAGUGGGACUUCUUCCACCACAAUUGGCUCGCUUUGCACAAAGGAACUGGAUCUCUGAAAGCAUCAAUAAAGUCCGCUGAUCCAGGUAACGAGGGUCGCAGUUUCAAAACCCUUUUUCAUACUGUUUGUUCUGGAGACCUUGCUGAACAUCAUUUAUGGGCCUCUGUGAUAACCAGACCACCACGCAAUCACUUCACCCGGGUCCAGAGAACCUCUUGCUGCCUUUGUUUAUUAUAUCUGGCGAUGGUUUGUAACGCCAUGUUUUAUCAAGUGACCAGAGUUCCCGAUGAGUCAAUUCAAAUUGGUCCUUUGCAAAUGUCAUUACGCCAACUGGUUAUUGGUAUUCAGAGUUCAUUGAUUAUUGCCCCACUGAGCCUAAUAACAACUGCAUUAUUUCGAUACCGAAAGAUGAAAAGACCAAAACAGAGAGUCGUCAACGAAACUGAAGAAAACUAUAACCCAGAGCCCAUGGACAAAACGAGAUUCAGAUGGUGUCUUCUCCCUCGUUCCUUUCUAUUCCUGGCAUGGUUUCUUUGUUUAUCGGCGACAUUUGUAUCUGCAACCAUGACAGUAUUUUACAGCCUUCAGUGGGGCAAACAAACUGCCGACCGAUGGCUGGCCUCUGUAGUAGUCUCCUGUGUCCAGGACGUCUUCGUCUGGCAACCCGCCAAGGUUAUCAUCUUUGCACUUUUAUUGAUUCUAAUUUUCAACAAACCAAACCUUAGCAGCAAGACAGGUGACAGAAAUGAACAGUCUUUAACCAAGGAAAUGAGAGAGCGACAGGCUUUUGAAUUACGGAAGGAAGAGUUCUUCGGACUUGUUCGCCAGUUUACUGCAUUUAUGUUUUUCUAUCUUUUGUUAAUGAUUGUCGCUUAUGGAGACAAGGAUCAUCACAGAUAUCUAAUGACCAGAGGCACUCGGGAUGGCUUCACCUUUUUUUACAAGGUCAACACGGGAGAAAAGAUGUGGACUUACAUGCUAGGUAAAUUUAUCCAUGACUCGUAUGCCGGUGAGUGGUACAAUGGUCAGGUUGAGCACACGCCAGAGUACAUUGGCAAUAAAGUGUCCAUGCUAAUUGGAAUGCCUCGACUCCGUCAGCUUCGGAUAAAGGAAGAUUCCUGCCAAGUCGCUGAGGAGGUUGAGACGAUUAUUGACAAGUGUUACGAUUUCUACUCGACCCCAGAAGAAGAUACAACUCGUCUAUAUCUUCCCCACUGGAUUCAUUUGUCAGAUUCACAGACUAAGUGGAAUAAUCUAUCACAGCUUUGUCCCAGACCUUGGCGUUAUUCAACUGAAGAGGAGCUCAAUAACUUUCCAUCGUGGGCCCAACAUCACAUAUAUGGCGGUGGGGGAUAUGUUCUUGAUUUAGGAUACGAUAAAGCGACUGCUAUCCGUAUGAUGGAAGGGGUCAAAGACAAGGACUGGAUUGACAGAAGAACAAGGGCAAUUCUUCUGGAAUUUCAAGUCUUGAACUUAAAUACCAAUUUAAUGAGCAUCAUUACGUAUCAUUAUGAAGCUCUUCCAUUUGGAUUUGGACUUACAUAUGAAAAAAUCACCACGAUGAAACUGUUCAAUUUUCAAUCAAUGUCGUAUAACUUUUAUCUUCUGUGUCAAUUGUUGUUUAUGCUGGCAGUGUUAGUGUAUACCUCUAUACUUUUAGUCCGACUAUGUCGCAUGGGAAGUGUAUUUUUCAAACAAAUAUGGAACUGGAUAGACAUUGCUCAAUUCGCGAGUGCCUCGCUAGCAAUUGCGUUUUAUGUUCUGAAGGUAAAAUUUAUGUAUGACAGUGUAAAAAAAUUGCAAAGGAAUCCUUUUGUGACGGUCAGCUUCCAGUAUGCGAUUUUUUGGACUGACAUGGAAAAUACUGCUCUGGCAUUUGCCUUGUUUAUUGCCACGUUCAAAAUUCUCCACUUCAUUCGCCUCAGUCCGCAUGUACAAAUACUGGCUUGGACAAUGAUUAGUGCGAAAAACGACAUUUUAUCAUUCAGUUUUCUCUUUGGUAUACUGUUUAUUGCACAUGGCCACUUUGCCUUCCUGGUUUUUGGGAAAUCAGUUUAUUCAUUUUCAUCAUUCUUUCGUUCGUUUGCCUCCGAGUUUGAGCUAGCGCUGGGUAACACCAUUCAUGUUAGUGAACUCGACGAUUUGAAUAGAGUGUUAGGUAAUCUUUUUACUGCCAGUUUCAUGCUUGCCCUUGCAGUUCUUCUCAUAAACAUAUUUGUAUCUAUUUUAGAUCUUAACCUACAUAAUAUAAAGGAGGAUGAAGAGAGGCUGCGAGAGGCAUUUGGUAUGGGGGAGUUCGUUAAGUCGCUCUUGUUCGGCAAAGACAAUAACAAGCAAAAUUUAAAAGACAAGUAACGUUUCAGUGAGAGAGCGAUGCAAUUCCCGCGGUUGAGCUGGCUUUGCAAUCAUGUAUCUUAAAAGAGAGUAUAGACGAGAGUAUUUGUGGCAAACCUUAGUUAUUACAAGAGGUAACUUAGCCUUUCCAAGUAACGCAAAUCGCCAAAAGAAACAGCUAUCAAGUGCAAAAUGGGUAAUGAAUCGUAAUUUUAUAGCUGUAAAAUAAGGAAUAACUGUGGCAUGCUCAAUUGAGUAAUACAUUACGAGGCAGUGUAAGGACAUUGCAUUAACAAUUUAUCCAGUCUGUGAUAUAGCUCUUUUCAAUACUGCAAUUAGAUAGAGCAAGUAUGAAAUAAUUUGAGUAAAAUGUAUUUAUCACUGAAAUACUCGUAAUCCUCGUGUAAGAGAUACCGUUUCAACUGAAACGAUGGUUAGUCUGUCUGCCAAUCUAACGAGACGCCAAUAUGUAACCAGAUAAAACUUAAACCGUUUAACUUAUGUUAAACGGGUUAACAUUGGAGAGUUUUAAAUUCUUGCCCGUGCAGUUGCUGAAUUUAAGGUAAAGUCAUUAAAAGCCCAACUUUAGAGGCUGUCCGCGCAAGAACCGACCACUCGAAUUUCGGCCUAUCAGAGAAUUCCCUCAAUUUUUUACUGUGAGUUAUUUGAUCUAUUCUAUCAGCAAAAAUUGUAUUUAUUUGGUUUGUAUUGCUAUUUUAUCAAUUUUUGGCAAAGAGAUGUGAGGGCGG